AUGACCGAGAAAUCCGUCAGUGCGGAGGGCGCUCCUGGGCUGCCGCCUGCGGCUGAGAGAGGAGAGGAAGCCGCGUGUGUGGCAGGAGAAAUAAAACUCGAAGAAGGUACUAGAACACCGAGAGAAACCGACGAAAGGAGCGGAGACAAGCAGAAAGAGAGUGAUGCCGCCUCUUCAGAGACCGGAUCUGGCGGAGAUAGCGACGGGAAAGACGAGCAGGAAGGAGAAACGAAAAAACGUGAGGAAACAGAGGAAGCAGGCUCUGCCGACUACAAAGAAAAGAGUGAGGAACAGGAGAAGAAGGAAGAAAACGAAGAGCAAGAAGAAACAGAACAGGAAGACGAAAAAGAAGAGAGAGGUCACAGGAAGGGAGAAGCUGUUGCGUGCGAAGGCGCGUCUUGUGACGGUCGUCGAGGGGCUUCAUCGGGAGAGGAAGAGACAAAGAAGCGAGAUCUUUCCGGAGCAGGAGAAAACGCACGUGAAGAGCAGAGAGACUCUGGUUUUGCAGAGAAACCCGAUGUGAACGAGACCCGACCGGCCUCCUCCCUCUCCCCAGAGGAGUCCAACGGCCCUCGCUCUGUUGCUCAAGACCCUGGCUCUUCCUCCUGUUCGUUUGUCUCUCGGGAGACAGAAGCCGCAUGCAGUGAAGGCGGUGUACGUACACCCGCGCCGCCUGUCUCGCGCUCUGCUCACUCCGGUGACGCUUCCGGCACUUCCUCUCUGUCUUCGCCCGCGGAGACAAGGCCCCCCACCGAGGCAGGCGCCCUUGGGGAAGACGCGAAGAUUCGAGACGCCGUGAAAACGUUCGAGCGCGCGUCCCUGGAAAGUGUAAUCGACCGCAUGCAGCGGACUGUCCUGUGCCUGCUGGCAGAAAAGAAAGAGACGAAACUGGAAAAGUGUCGCCUUCUCCAGGAACGCCGGGACCUCGACGAACAAAUUGUCGAGACGCGAAAAAAGCUGCGCGAGAUCGAGCCCGCUUCUUCUCUCUCUGCUUCGUCUUCUCUUUCCGGGUUUUCAGGGUCUCUUCUCGGGAAGUUCGCAGCGCUGUCUCUUGACCUUGGAGAAGAGCGCGACGGACGACAUCUCUCAGAGGCGAGAGUUGCGAAUCCCUUGGCGCGCCCAGACCCCAGCCAGAGAGGAAAAGGAGCGUCGUCCUCGCCUUUUCCCGAGGUCACCGCAGGUGCGCCUGGCGCUGCGCCUCCAUCGCCGUCACGCGCUCGCGCGACCGCGGAGACAGGGCCGGAGGACACGGAGACACUUGUGGCGCAGGCAGCCGCAGGCGAGGGGUCGUCGGGCCACGGAGAAGCGCAGCAGCAGGGCGAGCCGCCACACGCCGCAAACGGCGACGCGGCCGUCUUGGCUUCGGAAUUCGCGUAUCCUGGCAGUGGAAGCGUGGAGAAGGCGACAGGCUUGGUGGCGCCUCCUGGCCUUCUGGAGGAGGACGGCGAGAACGCGCUGGCGGAUUUUCUGGAGUCGCUUGUCACGCGCUUCGGCCCCGCGGCAGUGAAAGGUGUAGAGACAGCGGCGACGAAGAUGCGUUCGGGUUUCCACGUGCUCCGCGCGGAGCUCGCGGCCGUUCAAGAGCGGCAAAGAGCCCUCGAGAGACAGCGGACGCUGGAGCGGCGCGCGCGUCUCCAGCUGCUCAAGGAAGAGAGUCUCGAGUACGCACACCACCAGCGACUCUUGGCGCAUCUGCGUGCGCACUGCGAACGCGAAGGACAGGAGAGAAGGCGGCAGACUGGAGGGAGUGGGGAGGAGACGACCCUCGGAGACGCCCCAGUCUCUGCACAGGAAGGAAACCGAACGCCUUCGCCGGCUGUCUCGGCUCCGGCGGCCUCGGGAGAGGCACGGGCCGAGGCUCGCAUGCAGGCACCAGAGCUGAGGGAGUCAGGCGAGGUGUCGGCAGGCGAGAGGAAGCAGGACGGGCGUUCAGAAAGUGCAGCGCAGGAGUGUGUAGAAGCGGAGAAGGAGAAAGGCGAGAGCGAGGAAACCCAGGGGCUCGCCGGAACAUCAGGUACGGAGAACAGAGAACCCCGCGCCUCAUCUCCAUUGCCUACGAAGGAUUCCGCCUCGGGUUCGUCGUCAUUCUCUCCUUUCUCUCCUUCCUCUCCUUCGUCUUUUUCUCCUUCGUCUUUUUCUCCUUCGUCUUCCUCUCCGUCUGCCUUUCCUUCCGUCUCUUCUCCAUCGUGCUGCAGCCGCCCCGUUGUCGACGCUCUUGGGCGCGUGACGAGUGUGCCUCCGCGGCGACGGCGAACGACUCUUGGGUCGCGGCGUGAGAGGCUCGAGAAGGCGGUUUCUUCCCUCUCGGAAAAGACAGCUGCGGUGCCUCUCGAUUUCUUGUCGAAGAACGUCGCCAGCGCCGUGGGCUCAGUCACAACUUCCGUUUCGCGAUGGCUCUUUGGCGAAGACGAGGCCCUCGCUGGAGACGGGCACUCUCCGGUCCCGCCUGUCUCUGCCUCUCCCCACGCGCCUGCCGCCUCCGCUGCCUCUCCGCCUUCUUUCGUGGCCUCCGGGCCUUUCCCCGGCUUGGGAGACACUCUGGAAGGCGGAAAGCCGGGCCCUUUCAACGGGACGGGAGCACGGCCCGGGGCAACUUUGCGCGCGAACACGCACUUUCCGUGCCGGGUUUUCAACCUUUCGUCGCCUUCGGAUCGUUCUCUCCCCUCGCAUCCGCCGUCUCCAAGCGGCCAGGACACGCAUGCAGGCGAGAAGACUGGCGACGGAGAGGAGGACGAGCCUGCCGUCUCGGUGAUUGAGGCACAGAUCGGAGUCGACCCGCCCGCGCGUGCUGAGCUCGGAGGGACAGAAGCGACCGCGAAAACCGCGCUCGCGCUUGUCGUUUUGGCCACUGAGCAGUGCACCGCCGUAGCGCAGCAGUGGGUUGAGAGACACUGGGAGACACUCAAACGCUGUGAAGAGCGAGAUGGCGAGGCGGAAGCAGAGAAAGAGCGAGAGCUGGAAACGGAGAGAAAACGGGAGGCAGCGCACGCCCUCGCCACCUUCCUCUCCAAGGCAGAAGAAGAAAGCGAAGAUUUGCCGGUUCGGAUCCACGCUCACUGGCUGCACAUCCUCGGCAGAAGAAGCGACGGGGAAGAGGGGGAAGAAGGAGAAAAGGACGAGGACGGUUUUGGAGCGCAGCCUGAGCCGAUCGUUGCGUAG